AUGUCGCCUUCGUCGCCUGUCACUUUUGGAGCGCUCGAAAGUCCAGCGCUGUGCGAAAGAUGUCACCCCGUGCUGAUGGAUGAUAGCAUCGAUGACUUCAUUGAGGAAGAGUCUGCUUCUUCGGACUCUGCUGUAACGUUGAGACACAAAGCUGAAGGCGAAGGUGAACUUAUCAUGUUGGGAUCGCCUUGCCAAUGGAGGGACUCGCUACCUUCAUUGCCAGUGCUGGCGGAGUCUUCAACCAACGGCUGCCACCUGUGCACAUUCAUCCGAGAACACAUCAUCAAACGUGGGAUAGACUAUAGGGGAGAUGUCUACAUUAAUGGCGGAUACAUUUGGGGCGCUGACAGAGAUGUAUUCGGCUCGAAACCGAACGAAGAAGGUCUUGUAUUUUGGCGAUGUGAAGUGUACAAACACCCUGAGCAGGAGUUUCUUGCGGCUAUAACCUUCAACAUCGAAUCCGACGACGACAAUGUCACAGAUUGGUUGCGAGUCGACGACAAGCGACGUCCCCGGUUGCUUGAUCCCGCCAAUGUAGACUGGAUAAAGUACGAGCUCAAAAGGUGUCAGAACGAUUGUGAUCAUGUCAAGGAAGACACAGCCUUCAUUCCAACAAGGCUCAUAGACAUUGGCAGCACCGAUCUAGACGUCCCGCGCCUUGUAACUUCGGAUAUCCUGCACGAAGAAAAUGAGGGAAACCUUCGCGGAGUUGAAUAUGCGACACUCAGUUACUGCUGGGGAUCUAGAGAGGAUGCAGCUGAGCAGUUGAAGACCACCAGAAAGAACUUAUCAGAACACCUUGAGGGUAUACCACUCGACUUCAUGAGUCCGGUUGGUUACCUUGGUGAAAGGGCACCAGGUCUCGACUUGCCUUUUCAAUCGAAACGGCGCGAGAGCGUUCGCGGGACCUACACGUUCUUCCCUUCUUCGGAUGAUCGGAAGCCGAUUUGGAACUCUUCGUCACUGAUCAAUGACUUGAAGCAGGCAGUAUGGGAAACCAGGGGCUGGACGUUCCAGGAGAACAUGUUGUCGACGAGGCUGCUCUUUAUCGGGCCUGGGUUGUGGCACUUUGCCUGCGAGAACGGCUCAACAUCUGAGAAUUCAUAUGUGAAUCUCGGAUCAGUCGUUCACGGAUCCUUGAGACCACUCGUCAACAUAGCACGAGAGCCGAAGCCAACUGAUCCUAUUGAAGUAUGGCGUAGGGUGCGCAACGCCUACGCCCGAUGGGAAGAGAUACUGGAGAUUCAGACAAGGUCGUGGAGCUACAGAGAUGAUCUCUUGGCCGGCAUAGCAGGAUUGGCUGAGGAGUGUGCCAAGAUUACGGAAGAUACCUACCUUGCUGGCCUAUGGAUGAAUGACCUGCAACACGGGCUUGUCUGGGAAAUGCUUAACCCGGACGUUGGUACCCUCGAGACAGUACUCCGACAGAAGAGGGAUCAAAAGCCUUACGUCGGCCCGUCGUGGAGUUGGGUUUCUCAGCUACGGCCUUUCGAGGUUUUACCAUGCCGACGCUACAACGUGGACAAUCCUAGGCCACAAGAGAAGCUUUCAAACAACCAGAAGCUUAUGUCAUUAUCAGACACAUUGCCAACCCAUGUUCGAGCCGAAUACACCAUCACCGGGAUUCACAUGGACUUGCAAUGGCGCAGCCCAUUUGGUCGACUUAAUCCCGGCUCAUACCUUCGAAUGCAUGCAUCGUUGGCCGACUUCCCCUCAGAUGUGAAUAUCGAACCCAAACGCAAGGGAAACCCCCCGAUCGGAUACUUCUCUGAUGGAAGUGGCCUCUGCAUGUUUGACUGGUCCAGACUGGAGAAGGACAGAGCAAUGUUCCUCCUGUAA